AUGCCAUUCCGGGACGCCGCCGCCGCACUGCACCUGCCGGUGGAGCGCACGGAGGUCCUCUACGCCGUUGCCACCGGCGAUGUGCGGCUGUGGGAGCGGCGAAUUAUCCGGUGCGCACGCGAUCGCGUAGCCGCGGCGGCGUCCGCCACCGCCUCGAGUGACACCGUCGACAGUCGCGGCGCCUGCACGAGCAGGGACGUGGAAACCCCCUCCGCCGCAGACCACAGCCAACCACAGCAGCAGCAGCAGCAGCAACCGCAUCAAACGGGGACUGCUGAGCGUGGGGGGAUGUUUAGUUUCUUCUGGUCCGGUUCGCCUGCCGCCGCACCCACGGCAUCGGCAUCGGCGACGGCGACGAGCGAAGCAGACGACAGGGCAGACUUUUCGCAGUACACGGGGCCAAAUUUUUAUACUCUCAUGGAGCUGGUGCGGGGGGCCAUGCGCGUGACGACGGAGGCGGGCCAAACCGACGCUUCCGUCCCCGCCCCCACCAUCGCCCCAGGGCGGAUGUGCUGGAGCGGGGACCUCUUGACCGCGCUGUCAAGUCUAGUCAUGUUUCACGGCAGCGUGCCGGCCGUGGGUCGAUUUCUGGGCGUGCUCCUCGGCAGCUACGUCAUGGCCGUCGUGUCUCACCGCUGCCGUCGCGACGGCGCCGCCGCACGGGCGCCGCCCACCGAGCGGCCGAACGCCAACGAAGCGGGAGGCGACGCGGGAGAGGCAGACAUGCGGAUAUUUCAGAGCGAGGCCUUUGCCGCUCUCAUUGCGCGCCUGGCGCAGAUAUACUUCCCUCUCUGGCGCAGUCUCAGCGGGGCGGGGGAGGAGGCGGCGCGGCGUGCCGAAACGGGGGCGUCAGCCAUGCCGCCGCAGCUCCUGCUGCACACCCGCUGUGUGCCGCUGCCGCCGUCCCACCGCCACCCCCUCACGAUCUGGCGGGGCACGGGCGGCGGUGGCGAUGGCGACAAUUCACCGGCUGCCGAGCCGCGGGGGCUCCGGUCGCGGAUCAUUUCAUCAAUGUUUAACCGACGAAGCACCCACCGUGCUUGUGCGGGGCUGCGCUUAUGCGGCGACGCAACGCGGGCUGGCAGGUUGGGCGCGGCCCGCACCACGGAGCCGCAUGCAGCGGCAAAGAAUAAAAGGAAGGAAGCGACGGCGGAGGACGACACGGACGUCGAUGAAGAAGAGGGGGAGAACGCGGCGGAGGUCCCGGUAACACUGGAACACGUGCGGGAGAUUGUUGUGUGCGUUGCUCUGGCGGAGCUUGGCAGACUCGUGCUCUUCUCGGACGUCGCCGAGGCGCCUGGGGGCGGCGACCCGCGGGACUCCCACAGUCUCCAGCGAGGGCAGGGGACGACGCCGGCAGAGCCAGCGGAGGAUGCGUCAGACGCGUCGUGGGCGGCGUAUUUGGCGUGCGUACGGCGCGGCGCGGGCGCCAGCACGGCCGAGCGGAUGCGCGACGUUGCCGCCAUCCUGCGGGCUGCGGGGGAUGCCUGGCGGCGGCAGCUCUCGACGGGGGCGGCGGCAUCCACGCCAGAAGAGCAGGCGCCAGGGCGCGGCACCCACCACCCCCGCGUCAACAGCAACCACUGCUGGGUGACGGUCGCGGUGUGUCGCGUGUUGAAGUGCGUCUCGCAGACGCCCUGGGGCGUUUGCCUCACCUCCGCCCUCGCACCCACGCGGCACGGAGGGCUUCAGCGGCCCCGGGCUGCGUAUCAAGAAAAGGACUUUUACUACAUGAACAUCCUCCUGACGUGUCUAUGCGUUGCGGGCGAGCAGCUUCCCCCGUCCCUCGCCCAGUUCGCUCUGCGGCUCAUGGAGUUCAACCUCUCCGAUGUGCUGCUGCUGGGCAGAAGCGUUGGCGCGGAGACCCCGCGGCAGCAGCAACCACUGCCGCCGCCGCAACAAACGACGGGCGGCCGCUGCACCACCGAGAGGGCACAAGCCGGCGGUCGCGGUGACGCAACGGACCCUGCUGUGGAGCGAGACGGGUUGGCUGCGGGCCGUGCGCGGAAUGCGGAGGCGCGGCGGCGCCACUUUGCAGCGGCGGCACUUUGUACGACAACGUUGAAGUCCCUGCGUGACUCUUAUGCACGCGGGAGUGUGGCUCCGAGGGACACGCAUGUCCGAUGGCUAUCGGCGCUGCUGCGACAACAAGUGCUGCUUUGGGAGCGAUCCUUGCGUCGUGCGGUGCUGCUUGGCCCUCACGUUCGCAGCAGCGCGACGAGCCCGCUGGACGAGAGAACAUACUUGGCGCAGCGAGACGCCUUCAUUGCGGUGGACCCACGCGAGCAGCCGGAGGCGGUGUGCAGCCUGGUCUGGUGGCGUACGCGGAUGCUGCUUGAGUGCCUUUGCGCCCUGCGUGACAUGUUUGCUGCAGGGGUCGCGUGUGGGCUGCUGCAGGACACGACCGCCUUCGUUGCCGCGAUGCGGGAGCUCGGCCGGGUGCUGCAGAUGGUCUGCUGGAUUGACCUCGACGCCGCGCGGGCCACGCCGCCCGGGGCGCGUCACUCAGAGACCCCCGCAGCCGCGGCCGAGGUUUUCCCCUUCCCCGUCCUCGCAGCAACCGAGCGACGCUUCUUUGUUGGCGCGAUGCUCGUGUUCGGCAUGGGCGCCGCCGCGGAUGCGCUCUUGUCCUUCCACGCGUGGGUUGACCGCCGUGAGGCGGCGGCUGGCGACACGGAGAGCGGCGACGCCAGCGGCGGCCAGGAAAAGUGUGCCGCGGCCUCGUCUGACGGCGGCGCGGCAAACGCGCGACGAUUGUGGGUGGAUGACUUUUCGCUGAGUCUUCUGUUGCCGUCCGUCGUCCGGGUGCUGCAGUCGCUCGCGUUCUGCGUCCCGGCGGAGUCGAUGCUGCCGGCGAUACUUCGACUGAGCCACGCUGUUGAGUUUACAAGCAUUUCACAUGUGGCGUGGGCCGGCGAUCAGGCGCCGCGGGAUAAUUUCUCCACGUGCGGGGACGGCCGUCAAGACGCAACGGGCGCGGCUGCAGGGACAACCGCCGCCUCUUCUGCGUGCACGGCGACGCCCUUCGCGGCGUGCCUCCGCGUCGCUGGGGAGGUCAUGGCGCUGGCAAGCAGCGUCCAGCGGGUGCUGCUGUCACGCGGCCUCCGCGUCCUCGCCCCCGCGCCGGCCCACGACGAGGCGCUGGCGCGAUGGAUGAUGGCGCCGUUCGCGAAUAACCCACUGCCGCAACCGGGCGACGCCGCCCCCCGCUGCCAGGUCCUGCUGCACAUUGCGGAAGGCUUCGUGCUGCGCGUGCCGUGGGCCGGGUGGGCGGCGGCGCCCGCCUGCGUUGGAGCCCCACAGAGUCAUGCGGUCGCCUCGCCCGCGCCGCCGCCCCUCUUCGCGGCAGCGUACGUGAUAGCGACGGCCGCUGCGCUGCUUCGCCUUGCAUCUUUUGCCGAGACGCGGCCCUGGGGACCGCAGCGGCUUCGCGGCGCAGUGCCGCUAGAGCGGGUACGUGGCGUGCUCUUUGGCGCGGUGGCUUGUGUGUUUCGCGGCGUGGAGGAUGCGGCGUUUCGACGCGCCUGCAUGCGUGAGGAACUGCGCCUCCGCCAACGACAGGGCCCGCGGCCGCAGGACGCCGGGAAAGGCGACGGCGUACUCUCGGCGCUUUACUACGCGUGGGACGGCGUGGUGGCGUCGCUGUCGCUUCGCACGCCACACGAGAGCGAUGCGGCGCGGGCGCGGAGGGAGGAUUGGGCGGCGAUUGACGCCUACGUUGACCGCCAGCACGGCCUGCUCUGCGACGACGCCGUGGGCAUCGCCACCGCCCUCUACGCGGUGGCGCGGUGCCCCUCCGCCACGGCCACGACAGGCGGCGCGUCCACGCUGCACGCCUCCCUGCAGCGGCUCGCCCAGCACUCGCUGGAGUCCCUCCUGCCCGACGCCGACGUGCCCGCGGCGUUUCGUCUCGCGCCUCUCGCGACUUGCCGCGCGAGUGUCGUGGCAGUGCCUCCAGCCUCGGACUGGACGCCGACCGGGCUUGCAGAGUUCCCUGGCGCCACCUCCGCGCUGCUGCGACAGCUGGUCGUGUCCCUGCUGCCAACGGGGCAGCAGCGCGAUGCCACGGGGCCCCGUGGCUGGGAGGGGCCGUCCAUCGAAGGGCUGCUGCUCCGGCAGGCCUCUGCACUCGUGCGCGUCAUGGCGGUCGUUGCCGCCUUAACGGAGCGCACGACAAACGGGGAAGGCACGGCGGCGGAGGCGGCACCGAAGUUUGUGCUACAUCCCGCGGCCCUGUCCUUCCGGCAGUGGCGCAAGUUGUGCUUUGCCCUGCAUGCCAUGCGCCGGGCGGAGGGCGGUGACGUCGCCCUCGCCUCACCCACCGCGGCAUGCCGCUUCCAGCAUCCGCAGAGCUGCACGGAGAAUGCGCAGGAGGUGGCGCCUGGUGUGCAGCUCCUGCAGCGGGGGCAGGAGAGCGGCGAGGGGGCGGCGCAUCGCUGCCUCGCGUGCUGCCCAAGCGUGGAGUGUGAAGAAUACCUCAGGUCCUACGUGGAGGCGGGCCUGGCGCUAGUGAACCGCUCGCGCAUGGACGUCCUGAUUUGCCGCGCCACCACGGCGGAGGAGCGUCGUGGGUUGUUUGCGGUGGCGUUGGUGCUGCGACGCGCCGUCGCCGUAUUUUUUGCGGCGAGUGAGCCCCCCGGGACCGACGCCAAUGCCAACGAGCGAAGUGGCACGAGGCCCCGCUGCGGUGAGCCCUGCGAGGCGCAUGCUGCACGCAGGCGGCACCCACCGCUGCCACGACGGCAGUCACGCCGGGAAGCAGAGCGGGCUGUACUGCUGCGCAUCGCCGCCUUCGCAUUUGGCGUCCGUCCGCUGCGGUGUGCGGAGGAGUUACUGGACUGA